AUGUCUGCAGAUCGUUCUGCUCGAUCUGAAAUGGUUAUUCUCACCGGUAAUUCAUAUCCGGAAUUGGCUGAAAAUAUAUCAAGAAUUGUUUAUUCGUACAAGACAGAAAGUAGUCAUCGUAUUAAACCACUUGGAGAAUGUCGUGUUUAUAAAAAAUCGGAUAAAGAAACCCAUGUCGAAAUUCGUGAAUCUGUUCGUAGUAAAGAUGUAUUCAUUAUUCAAACAGGUUCAACAAAAGAUCCAAAUGACAAUCUUAUGGAACUUAUGAUAAUGAGUUAUGCAUGUAAAACAUCAUGUGCUAGAAAUAUUAUUGGAGUUUUACCUUAUUUACCUUAUAGUAAACAAAGUAAACAAAAAAAACGUGGAUGUAUUACAAUGAAACUUGUUGCACAAAUGCUUGUUAAAGCAGGAUUAACACAUUUAAUAACAGUUGAUUUACAUCAAAAAGAAAUUCAAGGUUUUUUUGAUAUUCCAGUUGAUAAUUUACGAGCAUCAUCUUUUCUACUUGAUUAUAUUCAACAACAAAUUCCUGAUUGGCGUAAUUCCGUUAUCGUAGCACGUACACCUAAUCAAGCUAAACGUGUUACUGGUUUUGCUCAACGAUUAAAAUUAAAUAUUGCUGUUAUACAUGGUAGUCAAGAACGAGAAAUUGAAAUUGAAGAAGCUGAUGGACGAAAUUCACCACCACCACCAUUAUCAACCAGUUUAGAAGAUUCACCUGAAUCUAUAUCAAAACGACGAAGUGUAUUUACCAUUCCAUCACUUGCCUUGGGCUCAAACGUGCUCGUCAAAGGAAAAUUACCAAUGGAUGUUGUUGGUGAUGUAGGUGGUCGAAUAGCUAUUAUAGUUGAAGAUAUGAUUGAUGAUGUUGCUGGUCUUGUUCAAGCUGCUGAUAUACUUUGUGAUCGUGGUGCAUACAAAGUCUAUGCACUUGCAACACAUGCUCUAUUUACAAAUGAUGCUCCAUCAUUAAUAGAAGAAUCUCAAAUAUCAGAAGUUGUUGUUACAAAUACUGUUCCACAUGAAUUUGCUAAACUUCAAUGUACCAAAAUUAAAACUGUUGAUAUAAGUCUUCUAUUAUCUGAAGCUAUUCGUCGUAUACAUAAUCAAGAAUCGAUGAGUUACCUAUUUCGAAAUGUUGAAGCGAAUGAUUAA